UCUCACUUCAAUCGACGUCGCAGCAAGAAAUUUAGAGAGAGAACGAGAGAGUCUGGGAAGGAUGUCUGGAAUAGCCGCCAUGGAUGAGCAGAGUGAUGCAGUACUAGCAGCCAAGAUGUCAAGGAAUCAUAGAAUUCGUGUUUCUAACACCAAGAAGCCUUUCAUCUUCUACCUUAAUCUCGCUAAGAAAUACAUCCAUCGUUACCACAAGGUUGAGCUUACUGCAUUGGGAAUGGCUAUUCCAACUGUUGUUGUAAUCUCUGAGAUUCUGAAGGGAAAUGGAAUCGCAACUCAGAAAAUGAUCUCCAUAUCAACCAUCAAAACCAAAGAUGAAUUCACUGGCAAAUCGAUGCAGAAGGCUAAGAUUGAAAUUGUGUUGGGAAAGAAUGAUGAAUCUGAUAAACCAAAACCUAAAGGAAUCACAUUGAAGAAGAGGAAUCCUAAACCUAAGAUCACAUUCAACAAAGAGAAGAUGAAUGAAACAGAUGAAAGUGUUAGUGGAAAAGAUGAUGAGAAGAAUGUAGAAAGUGUUAUUGGUUUUGUCUCACUCUCUUUAUCUGAUUCAUCUGAAACUGUUGAAAGUGAGACAGAUGUCAAGAAUCAAGAAAAUGAUCCCAUGAUUGAAUCUGAAGUAGUUGAAGAGAAGGUUCAUUUGCAGGAGUGAAAGUGUCUUUGGUAGUAGUGUUGUUGUAUGUUGGUGUUACUGUUACAUACUAAAGAGAUCUGAUUUUACUAGUUUGGUCCAUACAUUUCUGGCAUGUUUACAGAUUUGGUCCCUCUAUUGAAAACAUUGUGAAAUUGG